UGCCCACGAUGGCGCGCCCCGGUGGUCGCCAAAUCUGGGCCAGGAGCGCCUACCCCCGUCCCGAGAUUCAGCUCCUCUGGCUGCAUGGCGCAGGUCCCCCAUUCCCCGGGCGAGCUCUCGUGCUCCCGUGCCCGACGGCGAUCUCUACUGCUUCCCACCCCCUCCGACGAGCUCUGCUGCCUCCCCUCCCCACUAGCGAGCUGGCCUGACGAUGGUCGAGGCUCCUGAUGCAGUUCGUUUCGUGGGUUGUGAUGUGCAGUGUGUGCGGCAUGCAGCUUGGAGCGAGUGGGCAUGCAGCCUCAGAGCCAGCGAUGAUAUUCCCAUGUGUUGGCCGUAGCAUGCGCCCCAUCCUAGCAUGCUGACGGUCAGGCCGCGUUUGCUUGAGGCAGUGGCUCCGGACCAUGGACACAGCCGGAUGCAAGACCCUGCAUCCCACAUCGCCGCCCUUCGACUUCUUCCUCGCAACAAGGCGUGCUGUGAGCAAGCGUGUGAGAGUGCAGCUUGCCGUUGCGGAUGCAGUCCGUUGUCCCGGCCAGAUCCAUGGCGCUGGUCGUUCUUUCUCCUACUGCUCUAUGUGAGGUGAGGACGGGUUCUCUGUUGGCAAGUUCAUUGCGAGACUCCAUGGCGCUGGUUGCGCUGCUCCUUUUCUUGUUGCUACGUCUGAGGCGAGGACGGGCUCUGCCACACCGGGAGUGUUUGCGACACCGGCGAAGACGGCGUGGUGGUUCCCUUCUUCCCCAACAACAGAAGUUGCGGUGCGGCUAUGUAAUUGUUGAAGUUCAGGAAUAUGUUUGGUGUCUUUUCAGAUUUCGUUUGGGCGCAACACUGCAGUUCGCGUGGGUCUUCACAGCGGUUCGGACGGGUGUGCAGUAGGGGUCUUGAAUAAAUUUGUUUGAUGCGAUGGUGCGAUGGCGCAAAUUGUUUCAUGUGAUCUAAAAUUUAGUCGACUACGUCAACACCUGCAGUGAGUUUGGUCCGCGAAUGUGGUU